GGCCGGCCGGGCGACACUUUUUGCGAGUCUAGUGUGUUUGUGUUCCACGCAAGAAUAUGACGACAGCGUUGCGGUGACUGUGUGCGAUAACAUCGUGGUGCCGUCCCCGAUGCGUGUGGACUCGGAGCUAGGCGUGCAAGGCAUGGCCUUCCAGCCCUUUCUGGUGUCCGGAACAGCGGCUUCGUCCAGUCCGCCUUCGAGAAGCCCAUCGGACUUCAGCAUGCAUUCCAUCUUGAGCCAGCAGUCACCCUACCUGCCUUUCGGCUUGCCCCCGGCUGUGUUUCCCGGAGCACCGGCGGGGUUGUUCCCCAAGCUGACUCCCGGAGUGCCUCCGCCGCUGCCCCCGUCGGGACAGUUGACGCCCGAGGAACUGCUCGCGUCGCGGCAUCUCAGGCCUCCGGGCUUCGAGCCGGAGGACGACGGCGUCCAAGAUGAUCCGAAGGUCACGCUGGAGGGGAAGGACCUGUGGGGACGCUUCCACGAACUGGGGACCGAAAUGAUCAUCACCAAGUCCGGCAGGCGUAUGUUUCCGCCUUACAAGGUUCGAGUCACGGGUCUGGACAAGAAGGCCAAGUACAUCAUGCUGAUGGACAUCGUAGCGGCGGACGAUUGUCGUUACAAGUUCCAGAACCGUCGGUGGGUGGUGGCAGGCAAGGCUGAUCCGGAGAUGCCCAAACGAAUGUACAUCCACCCAGACUCCCCUUCAACGGGAGAACAGUGGAUGCAGAAAGUGGUCUCUUUCCACAAGCUCAAGCUCACUAACAACAUCUCCGACAAGCACGGAUUCCAGACCAUCCUGAACUCGAUGCACAAGUACCAGCCACGGUUCCACCUGGUCAGGGCGAACGACAUUCUCAAGCUUCCUUACAGUACGUUCAGGACUUACGUCUUCAAGGAAACAGAAUUCAUCGCCGUCACCGCCUACCAGAACGAGAAGAUAACACAACUCAAGAUCGAUAAUAAUCCCUUCGCGAAAGGCUUUCGUGAAACCGGUGCAGCGAGGAAAGACAAAAAGAAGUACGCCCUGCCCCCAGCAUCGAAGUCCCUUCCAGGAGGCAACCUGGCUCCGAGUGACGUAAGCUGCCCGACCAAAGUGGAUGCAGACGACCCCUACUACAGCGACGACGACCGCAGGACGGAACAGUCACUGUCUGCCGACGAAACAUCGGCGCACGCGGGUGGCGACAUCUCCCCUAGGUCGGGCUUCGACCUGGGCCUUUCCCCUGGGUCGCCAGAACAUGGCGGUCUCACCGAAUACCUCCCGUUCGGGGCCCACACAUCAUUUCCUCUUCAGUAUCUCUACAACCAGAGCCUGUAUCAACAAAGCCUCAUGCUUCAAGACAUGAUCAUGUCCUCCGCAGCUACAUCCCCUACUGGUCGACAUCACCCUUUCGGGAUCAACCCGUUUUCCGUGCGAAGUCUACUGAUGGCGAACGAACACCUAAAGGCUCCAAGCCCACUCAAGAUGGCAGACUCCGGCUGUCACCAGCACCUCAAGAACUUCCGGUUCUUUCCGUAUUCGCUCCCCGGCUGGCGGUUGCCCACUGGUGGGAGCUCGCCCCCGCCACCCGCUGGCGUACUCCUCGAACCUUCUUCGCCCAAGCCAGAAGUCAACGCGGGACGACUUGGUGGGGAUUCCGAUCGGUCUCCGAGGAACACCGAUGACCGGAGAACGUCAACACCGGUACCGGCUAGUCCAGCUUCAGCUGAGGAAGACGCCGCAGACGUCACUUCUGAGGAGUCUAAGAAAUGAACUCGUGUUGUUUUGUGCGGACUGACGUGUGGCGGCGGAAUGGACUGCGCAAACUGCCCACGACCACUGUCUUGGCAGAAACAGAAACAGAUAGUGACUGCUGUGCGUGGGGUCUUUUAAUCUUGCGGAAUACUUGCUUGUGUGUUGUUGUAUAGAUAUGGCGGUUCCAUGGACGACGUGCUAUACGAUGCUUCUAUACUUUCUGGAAAGAAAGGGCAGUGCAAGAGUACUGGGAAUAAGGAAUUGGCGCGUCGUACGAUUUGCUGUUCAGCGCUGUAUGACUAAAUGGUCCUGUGCACAGUUUUCUUUUCCAAUCGCUACUUAACUGAAAGUCCCACCGAAAGUGAACAUUCCUAAACGGUAGCAAAAAGAAAUGUGGAACGUUGCCUUUCCAAAAAAGCCUACAUCGAGAUCUCAAACCACACCCACAAAAAAGUGAGACAUUAUCGAAAUCCUCCCCCCCCCUUUUUUUUAGUAUGAUGCACUCACCAUAGCAUGUCUACAAAAGCACGCGUUUGAUAUGAUUUGGUUAUCGUGUGGCACUAGAGACUAUGUAUAGUCUAAAGAACUCCAUGCAUCUUUGGAAAUGCGAGGGCCCUUAUGCACUCAUGGGAGUUAUGCAAUACUACUUUUCACAUCAGUGGCCUGCAGGUACCAUUAGACCUGCGCGUAUUGUGUCUAGUCAAGCACCCACCGUGUACCGGAAGGCAAGUCUCAGGUGAUCGGGUGUGCUGUUUUCCGUCACCUCGCCGGUUGUUGCAACACACGAACGUCGGAGCUGUAUACCUUUGCAGAAACGACAGGCGCAUGCAUCGCUCCUGUGUGGCUCCUGACUCACCGGCCCUGCUGGUACCGCUUUAUUUAUUUACUAUAGCUGUGUGCAAAACAAGCUCGUUCUUCGGUGACAGCAUCGUGUGUAGUGUAUGACAGCGUGCGUGCAACUGAAUAUCACAAAUGUGUAUUGAGUAGAAUGAAUCGAGGAUCUCUCCCGUUUUUUCUCGUGGUACGUCCUGUACAAAAUGAAGUGUCUCACGUGACAAACCACGUGGUAUAGUAAAUACAAGAAAGAUUAAAUGUCGUUCUAUA